AUGGCUUUAUUAGAAAAGAUCUUUGUUACCAGAUAUCGAAAACAAAACAAUGACAAUCGAAACUUACGAAGCAGAUCUUGUGAAGGAGCUAUAGAGCAAGUGCGUUUACUGCUAUAUAAAGAGUGUGAUAAGAGAGGGAAAAAAGUAUUAUUUGAUUCAUCAACAAUAGAGAAAUUAUUAGCAAAUAAAAAUGACAAACCUGAGAGUGGCACUAUACCCUGCAUUUUGGAAGUGUCAGAAGGCUACACAUAUUUGUAUAAAGGCCCGGCAGCUGAUGCGGGCUUACUCGGUGAGAUGAUGUUCGGAGCUGUGGCCAUGAACUGCAAGAGUGUCUCAUUGAAAAUUCACAUCAUGGAUGACCCUAAAAGGCUGAUGUGCACAAAGAUAUUCUGUGUACCAACAACAAGAAGAACAAGUGGCAAGUCGGAUAUAAAUGGGAAUAUCAGUGAUAUAAACUCUUCUUCGGCAUUAAAUGUACCAACGAAGGAGGGAAUGUCCUUGAGCUUCUCAAUUGAUCGUGGUGAUUCAGGUUUCUAUGGCGAUCAGUCUUCAUACAGCACAUUGGGGUCGAAUAUAGAUUUCUAUCCGGUAAUGGAAAAUUGGGAUGGAAAUACCCAAGAAUAUUCGUUUUCAUCGUCCAGCAUGAUAAGCUCAAGUAGCAGCUUGCGCAGGCGCACGUCACAGAGUCUAGCGACGCGAUUCGAUCUCUCUACGUCACUGCGGGUGCCUACUAUUUCCACGAUUUCCACUGAUUCACAGGUAUACAGUAAUAGUUCAAGUGGUACGAAUGAGAGCCUCGCUUCGUGUCAGCCAUCAAGAAGACGGAAACUGGGCCUCGCGUUGCUGAUCACAGUAUCUGAGAGUGCUGAUGUGGACGUAAUACGACGGUGUGUGGAACAUUCAAACCAGCUCCAAUCCUUGGUGUGCCGACUGCGGCUGGCUACAUUAAGAGCUGGGUCUGGGAAUAAAUUCGUUUCGACAUUGUGUAAGGCCACUGAGGACGCAGCGAGAUGGUUGUCGGAUCUAAUGUAUGGUGUACGUUUGCAGCCACUAUGGUCAAAUCUUGUUACAAGUGACCCGAGACAGUCAAAUAAAAUCGCUGAGAGCAUAAUGUCAGAUCUCUGUUCGGUGAUCGCCUUGGGAGACACGAAGAACACUAAUUUUUUCAUCAGCACCUUACUAACGCACGUGCUGACACAUCAUCUCGGUUGGGUGACUACAGUGAGCCCUUACGAUGCUGUCGAUCCCACAAAACUUCCCAAAGGGGAUCCCAAAAGACCGUAUAACGCAUUAUGGGCACAAUUAGGAGACCUCUGUGGAAGCAUUGGCUUUCCCCCUCGAACUGCAAGGACUAUUGUGGCUGGUUCUACAAAUACACCAUUUAUCAACAGACUCUUAAGUGUUCUUACCUAUUUCGUGAGGUGCGGUGAUGUGAAACGAAACGAUUUUCUAUAUCAAGACUGUGCGCAAAGUUGUAAAGUUACGUUAGUUGACUCUCGGACUUUUGAAACCGAGGUUUCAAGUAAAGUGCGUUGUGUGAAUGAUAAUAAUGAAAACUUAGCAGUGAAUACGUCAAGCGAUAGUCGGUUGGGUGUGGCAGAUGGUCUUAAAAAAUCUACAACACUCACUAAUUUAAGUGACAAGCUCUCUAACCCAGAAACCAGUUCAAAGAGUGAGGCGGGCCAGAUUCGAAGAAAUCCAUCUAUCAUGAUCUCUUUGGGAGGCUCGACAGAUUCCAGUCAAAAAUCUUCGUUAACAGAAGAAAGUGAACUCGAGAAGAAAGUAGUUUUUGUUCUGGGAGACGAUGAAAAAUUAGUAGGCUUGAAGAAUAAAUCGGUUGGCGGGAAGAGUGUAAAGAGAUCGUCCAAAGUGCACAACGAACCAGUCAACGUAGACCUUCCAGAAAAACCGAAUUGUGAUAAAAGUUGCGAGAAGAAGCCAGAAGACAGUUCAUCCAAGUGCUGCAGCCUAACACUUGAACAUUCCAAACCCAUUAAACAUUCCGGUUUUAAGUUUGAGUUCGAUAAGUAUCCUCAAAUAGUGACCAACUACAUGAAGAGCAAGAACUUGGAGAUUUUAGAUAGACAUUAUAUAGGCAAGCCGGGAAAUUUGAAGUUGGACAAUUUCCAGUUCGACCCCACUAUAAUCCCGCCUAUACAGGAAGAGAGAUGUGAGACUUGCUACAAGUGCCAGAUGAUGGAAUCUCUACUGCAGACACCGACUAACGCCUCUGAAAUGGAGUACAUGAAUGAUAUGCCCCGACAAGAGCCUCAAUACGCGAAGGAAACGGUCACACAGGAGAGUCAGCGAGAGAUUUCCCCGAAAACAUUUGUUCGGAAAAGAAAAGAAAACACUGUCAUUAUAAACGUAAAGAAAAACGAAGAUUCACAGAUAGAAUCAAGUAGUGUUGAAAACGUGGGCUUAACAACAUUGCCAAACACAAAGGAAUCUUCGCAAAGCAAACUGCAGCCCAGAGUGAUGUCGGCAACGAAAGUUUCACGUGCAAAGAAAGAAAGAGUGGAUGUGAGACAAGUGAUAGAGUUCCCACUUCCUGCCAUAAAUUUAGUGAAUAAACUGAACACUGGCUUUGAUGUCUCCCUUCUAGGUGGAGUCACAGAUCAUUAUGUACCUGAUUUAGUUUUACAAGGGACUCUAGCGAAUCCCAAAGUCUGGGAAGCUGAAUUGCGGAGGGACCUAGACCUGACUUUGUACCUGAAUAAGACUUUGGACUCACCAAUGCAAGCGGUAGCCAUAGUCGGUGAUACUAACAAUUGGGAAGUGCGUAUAUUAGGUAGGGAUUGUGGCUGCGGGGGUUUAUCACCACUGGUGGGCGGAAUGUUAGAUGCGUUACCCGCAAUGCGUAUGGCGAGGGUACCCGCACAUCAGUGUCUCCUCUUCCUUGAGAGCAAACUUCGGGAAUUCUGUGUUUUGUCCAAAACCCUCGCAGAUAUGCUGAUGUCGACCGACUUUUGUGACAUCAUUACGCUCACCAGAUCACUCAACAUUGAUGUUAAUGAUGUGCCGUUAUUGUUGGCUGUGGCGAGUACGCAUACACCACAAGUGGCCACGCGAUAUGGAAUCACGUAUAGGUAG